AUGGGGACGCAGGGGCUGGGAAUAACUUUUCUGACUUUGCCUCUCGUCGUGCAAGCAGCCGCGGGAGGGCAGUGGUGUUACGACUCGCAGGACCCCGAAUGCGGUCCCAGCCACUGGAAGGAGCUGAAAGCCACGUGCGGUGGCGACAAGCAGUCCCCGGUGAACAUCGACAAGCGCCGGCUGCAGCGGGACGGUGGCCUCGGGGACAUCCUCUUUGAGGGCUAUGACCAGGCUCCCCCGGCCAAGUGGAGGCUGGCAAACGACGGGCACACAGUGAUGCUGAGCCUGGCGAGCGAGUCAGCCUCUGAGCACAUCACCAUCAGCGGUGGAGGUCUCCCCGGCAAGUACCACGCGCUGCAGCUCCACUUCCAUUGGGGCAGCCUGGCUGGGAACGGCUCUGAGCACACCCUCGAUGGGCGCCAGCUCCCCAUGGAGCUGCAUAUUGUCCACAUCAAUGUCAAGUACCGGACGCUGGCAGAGGCCAAGGGGCAUCCCAACGGGCUGGCCGUUCUCGGCUUCUUCUUCCAGGUCUCCGAAACCCCUAACACCAACUACAACACCAUUGUGGCGGGGCUGAGGAACGUCUCCCAUGCUGGGGACUCGGUGGAUUUGGCCUCCACCUUCCGCCUGAGCACCCUGCUGCCGCAUGCCGGCCGGCUCUCCGGGUAUUACCGCUACCAGGGCUCCCUCACCACCCCCGACUGCAGUGAGGUCGUCGUCUGGACCGUCUUCGAGGAGCCUGUGGAGAUCAGCCGGGAGCAGCUGCGGGCGUUCGUCAGCACCCUCCAUUUCCCGGCUGCCGGCUCCCAAAUGGCGGCCCCGGCCAGUGGCAGGUCCCCACACAGGGGCCACCACCAGCUCCUCUCCCCCCUGCUCCUCCUGGCCCUGCUCGGCCCCUUCUCACCAACCCCGUAG